ACACACACACACACACACACACACACACACACACACCAUUUUAAAUGUUAAACAGGAAAGGCUUUGCUGUAAGGCCAGCACUGUCUCAGUCUUUGCGCUCUGCCUAAUUCACAGGGCCACCUCUGAGUCUUUGAGAGUUCCCACGCUACUGAGGUUCCCUCUGGAUGCUGACAUGAAAUGCUCACACCAUUUCUCUUCCAUCUCUAGCCUUUUGGCGUGCUGCUGAAAAAAAUGAGGCUUUCCGUCAUCAUCCUCGCCCCUCCCUACAUGUCUGCCCCUUCCGACCUGUGCUGUGUGAUUGCCUUAAACGCGUGCGCCACCACUGCCCGGCUAACAUGCAUGUGUGCUGUGUGUGGGAUCAAACAAACCCAGGCCCUUACACGUUAGACAAGCCUGUACUGAGCCACACCCUGAGCCCUGUUAGCCUGACAUGGCAUACUGUGACCCUCUGAGAGGGACAGCAGAGUCUCCUUCCCCCAAUCCCCUGUCAUGCUGUCUGUCUGUGGCACAUUCAUGUUUCUGAGCUCGAGGCUAAGGACGGUCAUUCUCUGUCUAGUAACUCCGAGUCUCCGUGUGCUGAGGGCUCUGGCUUGAGACAGGGUUAAAUCCUGUCCCUGCAGGGCCAGGGAAGAGAGGGCUGCCCUUGCCUUUCCUUCUCUUUUGGUCAGAUGCUGAGGUGAUGUUGAUGCAGAGGAGGAUGUUAAACGGAGCAGCCUUUCUUCCCUUUAGUACAGUUAUUUAUUUGUGUGUGUGCACACUACCGUAGCAUUCACGAGAGCCUCAGAAGACAGCUUAUGGGAGUUCACUCUCUCCUCCUCCCAUGUGGGUCCCGGGUACUGAACUCAGGUAGUCAGGCUUGGUGGAAGGUACCAUUACCCACCAAGCCACCUGCCUGUCCUUUCUUACAUUCUAUUAUGUAAAGACACCCCAUGACUUUAAAUUGUAAUUUGCUUCAUAUUUUGACCCUUUCUCUCUCUCUCUUAAAAUGGGGUCCCACUUAAGUAAACUCAGAUUGUCCUCCAACUUCUAAUUCUCCUGCCUCCCUCCCGUGUGCUGGGAUUACAGGCAUGGACCAUCACACCUAGCUAGAUUAUGUGUUUCUUACACAGCUUCGUUUGCUUAUUUUCUGGAGUUGCUAGUUGUUUUUUUGCCAGCUGUAUAAUAUUCCACUGGAUGGAGUUUCAUAAUGAUUUUUGUCCAGUCGCUGUCUUUGGACUCUUAGGUUUCCGCUUUCUCAGUGCCAUGAAUGGAGCUGUAGUUAAUGUUCUUCUCCAUGUAUCUCAGUGCAUUCCCUUCGUGCAUUUGUGUGUCGGACAUGCUACUCUUCUUUAUAACCGGCCUGUUGUCCCAGGGUCUUGCCACUGACUGCCCUGCAGACCCGCCUUUUACUAAAUUUAUCUUUCUUGAGGUGAAUGGAAAAGGCGAUUCUCAGGCAAUGCCCGACUUCCUCCCCCCAGGCUCUGAAGAAAGGCUGAUCCGAAAAUUUGAAGCGGAAAACAUCUCCAACUACACGGCCCUUCUGCUAAGCCAAGACGGCAAGACGCUGUACGUGGGGGCCCAAGAGGCACUCUUUGCACUUAACAGCAACAUCAGCUUCCUGCCGGGCGGGGAGUACCAACAGCUGCUUUGGCGUGCAGAUGCUGACAGGAAACAGCAGUGCAGCUUUAAGGGCAAGGACCUUAAGCGAGACUGUCAAAACUACAUCAAGAUCCUUCUGCCGAUCAACAGCAGCCACCUGCUCACCUGCGGCACAGCAGCCUUCAGCCCCCUGUGCGCCUACAUUAACAUAGCGAGCUUCACUUUAGCGCGAGAUGAGGCCGGCAAUGUCCUCCUGGAGGAUGGCAAGGGCCGUUGUCCCUUUGACCCCAACUUCAAGUCCACUGCCCUGGUGGUUGAUGGUGAGCUGUACACGGGAACAGUCAGUAGCUUCCAGGGAAACGACCCAGCCAUUUCCCGGAGCCAGAGUUCCCGCCCCACCAAGACUGAGAGCUCCCUCAACUGGCUACAAGAUCCCGCCUUUGUGGCCUCAGCCUACAUUCCUGAAAGUCUGGGCAGCCCAGAAGGUGAUGACGAUAAGAUCUACUUCUUCUUCAGUGAGACGGGCCAGGAGUUUGAGUUCUUUGAGAACACCAUUGUGUCCCGAGUUGCCCGAGUCUGCAAGGGCGACGAGGGUGGAGAGCGCGUCUUGCAGCAGCGCUGGACCUCCUUCCUCAAGGCUCAGCUCCUGUGCUCCCGGCCGGAUGACGGCUUUCCCUUUAACGUGCUGCAAGAUGUCUUCACCCUGAGCCCCAACCCCCAGGAUUGGCGCAAGACCCUCUUCUAUGGGGUCUUCACCUCCCAGUGGCACAGAGGGACCACAGAGGGCUCCGCCAUCUGUGUCUUCACCAUGAACGAUGUGCAGAGGGCCUUUGAUGGCCUCUACAAGAAAGUGAACAGAGAGACACAGCAGUGGUACACUGAGACGCACCCGGUGCCCACACCCCGGCCUGGAGCGUGCAUCACCAACAGUGCCCGGGAACGGAAGAUCAACUCGUCCCUGCAGCUUCCAGACCGAGUGCUAAACUUCCUCAAGGACCACUUCCUGAUGGAUGGGCAGGUCCGCAGCCGCCUGCUGCUGCUGCAGCCACAAGCCCGCUACCAGCGUGUGGCUGCGCACCGCGUGCCUGGCUUGCACGGCACUUACGAUGUCCUCUUCCUGGGCACUGGUGAUGGCCGCCUGCACAAGGCAGUGACCCUGGGCUCCAGGGUGCACAUCAUUGAGGAGCUGCAGGUCUUCCCUCACGGCCAGCCUGUGCAGAACCUGCUCUUGGACAGCCAUCGGGGACUGUUGUAUGCCUCCUCCCAUUCUGGCGUAGUACAAGUGCCGGUAGCCAACUGCAGCCUGUACCCAACCUGUGGAGACUGCCUCCUCGCUCGAGACCCCUACUGUGCCUGGAGCGGCUCUAGCUGCAGGCUCGUCAGCCUCCACCAGCCUGAUCUGGCCUCCAGGCCAUGGAUCCAGGACAUUGAGGGAGCCAAUGCGAAAGAUCUCUGCAAUGCUUCCUCGGCCAGGCCCCGGACUUUAGUGCCAGCAGGCAAGCCAUGCAAACAAGUCCAGAUCCAACCGAACACAGUGAACACCCUGGCCUGCCCACUCCUCUCGAACCUGGCCACUCGGCUCUGGCUGUACAAUGGGGCCCCUGUCAAUGCCUCUGCCUCCUGCCGCGUGCUGCCCACCGGCGACCUGCUCUUGGUGGGCAGCCAGCAGGGGUUCGGGAUGUUCCAGUGUUGGUCAAUAGAAGAAGGAUUCCGGCAGCUGGUGGCCAGCUACUGCCCGGAGGUGAUGGAGGAUGGGGUGGUGGGCCAAAAGGACCAGCGUGACGGUAUCCCAGUCAUCAUCAACACAUCCCGAGUGAGUGCGCCCGCUGGCGGCAGGGCCAGCUGGGGUGCAGACAAGUCCUACUGGAACGAAUUCCUGGUGAUGUGCACUCUGUUCGGCCUUGCCGUGGUGCUUCUCGUUUUGUUCUUUCUCUACCGACAUCGGGAUGGCAUGAAACUCUUCCUAAAGCAGGGCGAAUGUGCCACCGUGCACCCCAAGACUCGUCCUGUGGUGCUCCCACCCGAGACGCGGCCACUCAAUGGUGUCGGCCCUCCUAGCACCCCGCUUGACCACCGAGGCUACCAGGCCCUGUCGGAUAGCUCCCCAGGGCCCCGAGUCUUUACUGAGUCAGAAAAGAGGCCGCUGAGUAUCCAGGACAGCUUUGUGGAGGUGUCUCCCGUGUGUCCCCGGCCCCGGGUUCGGCUGGGCUCUGAGAUCCGAGACUCUGUGGUAUGAGAGCUGACGUGAGAUGUGGCCACCCAGGCCUCAGGCUGUGACUGUUCAGCGGAGGUCAGCUAGACCUGUGCUUCUCACAACACAACCAUGAUACCGUGCCGGGGAGGCAGCUGGUAUCACAGCCCCGACAGCCAGCCAGCCGGUUCCAGGGCCUGGCCGAAGACGGCUCUGCCUCCAGGGGCCAGAGGGCCCUUGUCGGGUGGCAGAAUUCUGCUACUUAAACUGAGCCCUUUGUUUAAAAAAUGUGAAGCCAGGGUGAGAGGGAAGAGAGACAAGAGACAAGGAAGACUACGACACAGCCACUCCAGUGCAGCCUGCCUGGGCUCUUGGGGACUUAUCCAGAGUGGCUUUGUGAGACAGAGUUGGAAAUCCCUCCCCCGCUGGCCUGUUCUACCUUCCGCCUUACUCUGCUGCCUUGAGCUACCCUUUCUCAAUGCAGAGCAGGGGCCCUGCUCCAGCUCCAGCCAACUGAGGACGUAUCUGUGGCCACUGACACCCCACCACCUCAGGGACCAGAGGGCUAGGCUGGCUCGCAGCCCUCCCCACCAGACGCGGGCCCAGGCCCAGUUCCUGGACUUACCAGGCCUGUAUCAGGCUGUGGCCUCGAGCGAGCAAGGGACUGACCCCAGGGGAGCUGGCGACAGAAGACUGUUGUUGCCUGCUGCCCUUUUCCCAGUCAGAGAACCAUGCCCCCCCACCUCCCCAGCCCCAUCUUCCAGUUCCGACACGGGGACUUCUGAACCCCACCUUCUCCAGCUCCGAGUUCACCGCCCUUGCCCCACACUCUAAGGGAUACUGACACUGCCCAUCACAAGGACCCUGAAUUUACAUGGGUUUUGUAUUUUUUUUAAUAAGAUGCACUUUACUUUCUUUUUUAAAUAAAAGCGGACAAAUGAUAGUUAAUUGAG